AUGGGCUUCAACUAUUUUCUCAUCAUCUUGUUGUUUUCCACCAUCACUGACCCUUUUUCGGUUGACGGACUGGGUUGCAAUUGGGGCCUACAGGCGGCCCACCCUCUCCAACCUGAGAUAGUCGUCCAACUAAUGAAGGACAACGGUUUUGACAAAGUGAAGUUGUUUGAAGCCGACCCAGGUGCAAUGAGGGCGCUUGGGAGGUCUGGCAUCCAAGUUAUGGUUGGCAUACCCAACGACAUGUUGGCAGGCCUUGCUAGCAGUGUUCAUGCCGCCGAGGACUGGGUGCAGCAAAACGUUUCCAACUACUUAUACGUAGCGGUUGGUAACGAGCCGUUCCUAAAGACAUACAACGACCGGUUCACGAACGUGACCUUCCCGGCCCUCCAGAACAUCCAGGCCGCCCUCAUCAAAGCUGGGCUGGGCCGAGACGUAAAGCCCACCGUCCCACUCAACGCAGACGUCUACCAGUCCAUCUCGGGCCUCCCAUCCGGCGGCGACUUCCGGCCCGACAUCCACUCCCUCAUGACCUCCAUCAUCAAGUUCUUAAACGACAACGGCGCCCCACUCACCAUCAACAUCUACCCUUUCCUCAGCCUCCACGCCGACCCAAACUUCCCCUUCGACUUCGCCUUCUUCGACGGCCGCGCCACGUCACCACUUGUCGACGGCCAGUACACCUACUCGAACGUGUUCGACGCCAACUACGACACUUUGAUCUCGGCACUCGAGAAAAACGGCUUCCCCAACGUCCCCGUCAUCGUCGGCGAAGUCGGGUGGCCCACGGAUGGGGACCCGAACGCGAGCCGCCAGCUGGCGCGGAGGUUCAACCAGGGGCUGCUCGACCGGAUAGCCCGUGGGCCCGGGAGCCCGAAGAGGCCCGACCGCUUGCCGGAUGUAUACUUUUUCUCGUUGCUCGACGAGGACGCCAAGAGCGUGGAGCCCGGGAGAUUCGAGCGCCACUGGGGGAUUUUCUAUUUUGAUGGGGCGAUUAAGUACGGGCUGGAUGUGGGCCCGGGAAGGAGAGGGAAUCUGACGGCGGCGAAAGGGGUAAGGUACCUUGAGCGGCAGUGGUGCGUGAUGAGGGCUGAAGCGGAUUUGGGGGACCCGGGGCUGGGACCGGCGCUGGGAAUGGCGUGCACGUACGCGGACUGCACGAGCCUGGGGGCCGGGUCGUCUUGUGCGGGGCUGGAUGGGAGGGGGAACGCGUCGUAUGCUUUUAACGUGUAUUAUCAGACGAUGAGUCAGCAGAGGGGGGCGUGUGAGAGGUCAUCAUGA